CGCGCUUUAUCUGUCAUCUGUCUAGAUCACACUUCUCGAACUUCACCCUCGUACCUCUCCCUCCUUCCCUGCCACCAUGCUCGUUUCAAGUGAAGUCGCCAGGUCUGCCCGUGCUCAACAUGCGCGCCGCAUCAUCUCCCUUCAAUCUCAACACCACACGUCCCUCUUAUCUCCCCGGGCUUCGUUAUCCCAAAUGUCGAGUCGUCCUAGUCGCCGGGAAGAACCCGCUGGUGAGAUUGCUGAGAAGCUCUGCUCCAGCGGACCCUGCCGAUUGGAAAACUCAUUGCAUUCAUUUAUCGAGCAUCUCCUCACUCCACGGAAUGACAACGCCCUAUCGGAUGAGCCUGAGCUCAACCUUCCCGUACACAAUCGCGCUGCCAAGAAGGCCAAAAAGCACAAGAAGAAGAAAGCUGGCAAGCCCCAUCACCAUAAUGCGAAACCCAUCAAACCCGCAGGCCACAAGGCUCACAAACUCAUCAAGCCAAUGGCCAAAAAACUCAUCAAGCCGGCGAAACCCGUCAAACACCUAACACCCGCGAAACCGCUACCCAUCAAAGCGGCUCCUCUCAAAAAUUUGAAGCCCCUAAAGCCUCUCAAAAAACUGCAUACCCCAGCAAAGCCCGCUAAACCACUCACCCCCGUCAAGCCAUUGCCUAUCAAAGGAAUUCCGCACAAACCAGUGAAGCCGCUGAAGCCUGUAAAAGCGCUACCGACCCCAGCAAAGCCUGGCAAGCCACUCACCCCUGUGAAGCCACUACCAAUAAAAGGGCUCCCGGUCAAGCCAUUGAAGCCGCUAAAGCCUCUGAAAGCGAUUCAUACCCCAGUAAAGCCUGGCAAACCACUGACGCCUGUUAAACCACUGCUCAUAAAAGGCCACCCUCUCAAGCCGUUGAAGCCUCUGAAGCCUCUUAAAGGGCUACAUAUCCCAGUAAAGCCCAUCACACCACUCACUCCUUCGAAACCACUCCCCAUAAAAGGCCUGCCCCUCAAGCCGUUGAAGCCGCUGAAGCCUCUCAAAGGGCUAAAGCCCAUCAAACCACUCACUCCUUUGAAACCACUCACUCCUUUGAAGCCACUCACUCCUUUGAAGCCGCUACCUGUCAAAGGCGUUCAUCCUAAACCCUUGAAGCCACUGAAGCCCAUCAAAGUGCUUCCUAUCCCACUAAAACCUGUGGCGCCACUCAUCCCAUCAAAACCCGCAGCACUACUCAUCCCAUCAAAACCUUUGGCACCGCUCACUGCUGUGAAACCCCUUGCCAUCAAACCACUGCCUCUUAAGGCAUUGAAGCACUCCAAGCCUGUCAAAGCCGUACCCAUCACACCUCACGUCCCCGUCCUCAAAGCUCCAAUUCCGAGCAACCCCCCCGUUGUAAUACCCGCUAAGCCUGCACAAAUCCCUGCGACACUUCCUGUAACCUUACCACUCAAGGCCCCCGUCCUCGCCGCACCUGUUGCUCAUGCUCCUGUUAGCAAUCCUCCCGCAGCAAUUACCACCAAGCCUGCUCAAAUCCCCGCUACGCUUUCAUCCCUCAAGGCCCCCGUUCUCGCCGCGCCUGUCGUUCAUGCACCCGUUAAGCCGGCAGCCGUGGUGCCCACCAAGCCACUGGUAGCUCCUCCCAUCAAGUCUUCUCCUCUGACUGUAGCUGCGCCCUCGGCUCAUCCGCCAGCAAAGACUAUUACUCCUGUUCAUACCACCAUACCUGCUGCUCCUGUGGCAAUUUCCGCUAAGCCUGCGCAAAUCCCCGCCGCGCUUCCUAUCACAUUGCCACUCAAGGCCCCCAUUCUCACCGCGCCUGCCGCUCAUGCACCUGUUAAGCCGGCAGCCGUGGUGCCCACCAAGCCAUUGGUAGCUCCUCCUAUUAAAUCUUCUCCUCUGACUGUAGCUGCGCCUUCGGCUCAUCUGCCCGCACAGACUAUCACUCCUGUUCAUGCCGCCAUAUCUGCUGCUCCUGUGGCAAUUUCUGCUAAGCCGGCCCAAAUCCCCGCCGCGCUUCCUAAGGCCCCCAUUCUCACCGCGCCUUCAGUUCAUUUUCCUGCUAAGCCGGCAGCCGUGGUGCCUAUCAAGCCAUUGGUAGCUACCCCUAUCAAGUCUUCUCCCCCGGCUUCUCAACCUCUGCCUGCACAGACUAUUGCUCCCGUUUAUGCCGCCGCACCUGCUGUUCAUCAGCCACCGCUCACUCCCAUCAGCGCCCUUCCUGUUGCAACACCUCUCAACCACACGGCUACACCUAUCCCAUCAGCGCAUUCUGACAAUGCCGCUAGCACAUCACAAACAUCUCCAGGGCCUUCAACAGUUCAGGCAGCUGCCGUCCAGUCAUCUCCACUCCUCAUUCCCAUCCAACCCAUUCCCACUAACCAGACGACUGCUUCACCUAUCACCUCGGCAAAUGUUGCGCAAAUCGGUGCAGCAUCAACGCCCGCAGCCUCCGAAAUACCACUUCCUCAAGCGCCACCAGUUCAAAAUACCACUUUACCUGCUGUAGCAGGUGAAGUUCCUCAAGUACCAUCUUCACCUCAGCCCGAGGGCCCGACAACCGUCGCUGAAAACUCGACCCCUCUACCAGCUUCCUCACCCCCUUCGCAAGAUCCGGCACCCUUGUCGGUUGCCCCUUCACAGGAUCCAACACCCGCAAUCCCCGACUCUAUCGCUCCCUUGCCACAAGAAACUGUGCAGGUGGUCGACACACCCUCUCCUGCCGCAGUCGAUACCACCAGCUCAGAUGCACAGCCAUCGCCUGUCCUAGACGUUCAAAGCGCUAAUGCCACCGAUUCUCAACAAAGCCCUCCACCAGCUUCUUCACCCUGGUCGCAAGAUUCGACACCCUCAUCGGUUGCCACUUCGCAGGAUUCAACAGCCCCGAUCACCGACUCUGUCACCGCCGCAUCACUGCCAGCUUCUUCGCCACAAGAAACUGUACAGGGCUCCGACACUCCCUCUCCUGCCACAGGUGACAGCACCAGCACAAAUGCCCAGCCAGCGCCUGCACUUGACAUCCAAAGUUCUAACGCCACCGAUCCUCAACAACCUUCCCCUUUCAUCAAUGCCACCACCCUUGACUUGGCCACUAAUGCGACAUUGUUAAACAAUGGAACCCUCCAUAACGGCACAGAAUUUAAUAACGCUACCUCACUGGUCAACAACUUACAUGGCUUAAAACUAGGGAACACAGCUCCUAGCGGAUUUGCUACCCCACCAUCAAACCAUAUCGGUGCAGCCGUUGGCGGUGUUUUAGGAUCCGCAGCUUUCAUCGGUUUGGGAUUGGCUGCAUUCCUUUCUAUCUCUCGCCGCCGCCGUCGCCGCAUACAAAAGGUCGACAACGGCUUUGGAACAUUCAUGGACGCGCCCUCCAAAGCAUCCUCAUCCGGGAUGACUCUCCCUUAGAACAGACAAUGUCUUCAGUCAACUGGAUCACUU